AUGACCCAGCCGGAACCCGGCAAAAGCGCGACGCCGACGUCAGUAAACGCGGCCGCACCGACACCCGGUGCAGCUGUGGUCGAUGUGGCGGCGGAGAAGGGUGUGCGUGCAGCGCUAGCCACCGGCGGCCGAGCCGCCAAAGACGCCGACAUCGCUGCCAUCCAGGCCCAUUUUGAAGCACCAAAACGCAUUGAGCACGCCCCUGCUCUGGCCAUCAUGGACACUGCGCAUGUGGAGCCGUCGGCGACUCACGGAGGGAGUUCGGCGGAGCCGACGACUGCAACGGAUGCUGUCGCCGAGAGAAAUGCGGGACGGAAGGGGAAAGAUGACACUGGGAAAGGGAAGGCGUUCGCUCAGAGGAGAACGCAGGCGAUGUCGGCGGGGAAGGAGAUGUCGGACGAGAAAGGAAAGAAGGCGGAAGGGAAUCAGGACAAGACGGGCGGCAAGGGUAAGUCGGCAAAGAAGAAGGAGAAGGCGGAGGAGGAGGACGAGGCGGUCGGCGAGGGAAAGAAGGAGCAUGGACGAAGGGGUCAUGGCAUCCGCCACGACAAGUCGGGCGACGGGCUAGGUUGGGUGGGCGAGAUAAAGGUAAACGGCGAGAAUCGAUACAUAGGCAAGUCGAGAGACAAGAUGGAGCUGGCCUAUGAGCACUCGAUUGCGUACGUCGUCUACGAUGGCUACGUGAGCAAGGUGCUCAUGGACGAGCUCACCGUCUUGAAUCCAGGGGAGUUGGAGAAAUGGAAGGAGGUGUGGGAGGAGGUCAAGUUCUUGCCGACUGGGAUGUGGACGGUGAUGUGGGCCAGAGGCUUGUGCCAUCCAAAAGCAAGGAUCGACGAUAUACUCGGCAGGUACCGUGGGUACACGAGUUCGGGUGAUGCGCUUCACGACGUGCUCUUGCCGGCGAUCUGGUUCCCCAUCGUUCAAGACACGAAGGAAGGCCAGGCGGAGACGGACGAUGUCAUGUCGGCAAUGAUAAAUCGCGUGUCAAUGUGCGCGGCGUUUGGGAAGGUCGCAGCGAGCGCGGCGAGGAAGGCGGGAGAGUCGGAUGAGAAGACGGAGAUGGCGGCCCAGGCGUUAGCGGCCUCCGCUUGCGCCGUCUGGUGCUUCGUGGAGGCGGGGGCGUCGGUGCUCGGUGCUGUGGGCGAAGGGAAGGCGGCGGCGAUGGUGGCAGGUGUGGGUGAGAAGACGGCUAAGGCCUUCAGGAAGGUGAUGCACGCGGUGAUCGACAUAGCGUCCAAUAGGCAGCCACCCGCAGGGGAGGUUGCACAGAACAUCGCACCGGCGCUGCAAGGUCAUGCAGUAGACAGGGCCUUCAAGGAAGGAGUUGUGGGAGUCGAGGCCGACAUGAUCGCUAGAGCGACGGUCGAGACCUUGGCGUUCUGGGGAAUGUGCCCCGUCGCCGGGCCCAACCUCAAAAAGCACGGCAUCGAUGUGCCGUGUGACGCGCAGAUGGACUACGAUAUAGAGCACAGGGGGAGGAAGGGGGAGAAGGUCAAGCAGGGCAAGGGCAACAAGAGGAAGAAGAGGCAGACGGGCAAGCAGGGCAUGGACAGUACGGAGGCGUAG